AUGAAAACAAUCAGUGAAGUAAGUGUCGAGGGGAAAAGCGUGUUUGUUCGAGUGGAUUUUAAUGUUCCCAUUUCAAACUCCAUAGUUUUGAAUGAUUUCAAGAUAACCUCUGCUCUACCAACAAUCAAGCUUAUUCACUCCAAAAAUCCCAAAAGGGUUAUCAUUGGGAGUCAUCUGGGGAGGCCCAAGGGGAAGUAUUCCAAGGAGUUUUCCCUCAGGCCGGUGUAUUCUGUGCUAAGGGAACUUCUUAGGAGAGAGAUCGAUGUGGAGCUUGCUUUUUGCGACAUAUGGGAUAUUGAGAACACCCAUCAUACGUGGAUACUGCUUGAGAAUUUGAGGUUCUGCAGUGCAGAAGAAAGGGACGAUGAUGAGGAUGCUUCGGAACGAUACAGAGAUGUGUUUAUGAAAAACAUGGACAUUGCAGUGGUGGAUGCAUUUGGUUGUUUACACAGGGAAUGUGGAUCUAUACAGAGAACUGGGUUGCCUUCAUACUCUGGGCUCCUAGUUCAGAAGGAAUUGGAUUUUGCAGGUAGGAUUGCCGAGGAGAGUAUAGAUCUGAUGGUAUUGGGCGGAAAGAAGGUAUCUGAUAAAGCUAAGCUACUCGAGUUUCUAGGGCAACGAGCCAAAACCCUGUUUGUUACUGGGGGAAUGGCUUUCCCGUUUGUCAAAUACAUAUUGAGAAAAGAAGUUGGAAGUAGUGUUUGUGAAGAGGUUUCAAAGGAGGAAAUAGAAAGUAUAUAUAGGUCAUGCGAAGUCCAUGGAACAAAAAUAAUCCUACCUGUUGACUUUACCAUUCUCCAAAAUGGAAAGGUGCAGAUAUCUAGAAGCAUACCUUCAGAAGGAAUAGCGAUGGACAUAGGACCUGAAACAAUAGAGAUCCUAAGAAAAGAGGUUUCCAAGGCAAGAGCAGUAUUCUGGAAUGGUCCUCCAGGCGUAUUCGAAGAAAAGAACUUCUCAAAUGGAACGAGAGCCCUAGUGAAUGCCUUAGAGGGCCUGAAAAAAGAAGGAAAGAAGUCCUUUUGUGGCGGAGGGGAAACUGCUGGUGCAAUCAAAUUAUUUGGUAGUUAUGAUGGCUUUACUUAUGUAUCCACUGGAGGAGGAGUACUAAUGAAGUUGUUAAGCAAUGAGAAGCUUCCUGGAUUGGAUUUUCUAUCAAAGCAGACUUGA